GUAAUUUAUCCUCAACAUUCCAAACUUACUGAUAAAGAAAAAACCAAUAUUUGCUAUUUGUCUUUUCCAGAUUCAAAUUCAGGUUGUCUUGGAGAUACCCAGUUUUGUUUUAGAUUUCGACAGUCUUCCGGGAGGAGGGUAUCACUGCAUUGUCUCCUGGAUCAAUUUGAGAAAGAUUUACCAGUUUACUUAAAGAAGGAUCCUGCUUAUUUUUAUGGAUAUGUGUAUUUCCGACAAGUUCGAGACAAAACUCUAAAAAGAGGCUACUUUCAGAAGUCAUUGGUUUUGAUCAGCAAACUACCCUAUAUUCAUUUUUUUCACACUGUGCUCAAACAGAUAGCACCAGAGUAUUUUGAAAAGAGUGAACCUUAUUUGGAAGCAGCUUGUAAUGAUGUUGAUCGAUGGCCUGCCCCAGUGCCAGGGAAAACAUUAUACCUACCUAUCAUGGGGGUGGUAAUGAAGGUACGGAUCCCCACAUGUCAUGACAAGCCUGGGACAACUCAAAUAGCACAGUUAACUCAGCAGGCGGACACACCUAUAUCUGUUGUUUUGCCUACUGUUCAUGAGGUGGAUCUUUUCAGGUGUUUCUGCCCAGUUUUCCUUCACAGUCAGAUGCUUUGGGAGCUGGUACUGUUGGGGGAGCCCCUUGUGGUCAUGGCACCAUCACCAUCAGAGUCGUCAGAAACCGUAUUGGCACUUGUCAACUGUAUUUCUCCAUUAAAGUACUUCAGUGAUUUCCGACCUUAUUUCACUAUUCACGAUAGUGAAUUCAAAGAAUAUACUACCCGAACUCAAGCUCCGCCCUCCGUCAUAUUAGGAGUAACCAACCCUUUCUUUGCUAAAACACUCCAGCACUGGCCACACAUUAUUCGAAUAGGAGACCUUAAACCUGCAGGUGAAAUUCCCAAGCAGGUCAAAGUGAAAAAACUGAAGAACUUGAAGACUCUGGAUUCCAAACCUGGAGUUUAUACUUCUUAUAAGCCAUAUCUAAAUAGAGAUGAAGAAAUCAUAAAACAGUUACAAAAGAAACGUCCCUCUGAGGCUCAAAGUGUGAUUCUUCGACGCUAUUUUUUGGAACUGACACAAAGCUUCAUCAUUCCAUUA